UUCGCUGGCAUCUGAGGAGCUGUGCAUCGCCCACAGCGAGAGAAUCAAACUCUUCUGCUUGGAGGACAGGGAGCCAAUGUGCCUGGUGUGCUGGACAUCAAUGAAGCACAGACGGCACAAGUGCUGCCCGACAGAAGAAGCAGCCUCUGAUUACAGAGAGCAGCUCAAGACCACACUGAACAGCCUAGAAGAAAGGCUAAACGGGUUAAACAACUUAAAACGAGACUGCAACCACAUAGCUACACACAUAAAGUGUCAGGCAUACAACACAAGACGGCACAUUCAGAAAGAGUUUGAGAUGCUCCAUCAGUUUCUCCAAAAGGAAGAGGAGGCCAGGAUGGCUGCUCUCGAAGAAGAAGCAGGACAGAAGAGCAGCGCCAUCAGUGCAAUAACGGUGAGCAUCAGCGCAACGAUGUCCACUCUCUCCCACACAAUCAGAGCCAUAGAGGAGGCAGUGGAGUUGGCAGACGUCCCCCUCUUACAAAAUGUUAAGUCUACUAUUGAAAGGGUGCAGUGUAUGCCAAAGGAUCCAGAUAAUCCCACAGGAUCUCUGAUAGAUGUGGCACAACACGUGGGCAACCUGAAGUUCAGAGUCUGGGAGAAGAUGCAGGACAUUGUUGUGUACACGCCGGUGGUGCUGGACCCCAACACAUCUCAGGCAAAGCUCCGCCUGUGUGAAGACCUAACCAGCGUGCUCAACAGUGCGGAGAAGCUCCGCGUCCCCUACAACCCUGAGAGGUUUGACUACUACCCCUGCGUGCUGGGCUCCCGGAGCCUCACCGCGGGCCUCCACUGCUGGGACGUGGAGGUCGGGGACAGCACGCUCUGGAGUGUGGGCGUCACCGCCGUCUCCAACCACAGGAAGGGCGACGCUUUCUUUAACGGAGACACCUGGCACGUGAGGUACCUGAAUGGAGAGUACACGGGCCACAGCCCUGCGGAGAAUCGGGGUCCCCUGGUGGCGGAGAGCCUGCGGGUCCUAAGGGUGCGGCUGGACUUGGAUGGGGGAGAGGUGUCAUUUUCUGAGCCAUUAGCAGAAAACUCCCUGUGCAGUUUUAGACAUGUUUUUACAGAGGGUGUCCUCCCUUUUCUGUAUAAUUACUGUGUGGUCUCACCUCUGAAGAUCGUACCAGUGAAAAACUCAGAACAUAAAAGUUAGGGCCAAUGAUGUGAUGUAUGGUACCAUUAUAUGGAAUACUGUCUUUGUGUGUGUGUUGUGUUAUGUUGCAUUGUGCAUGUAUGUGAUUUUCACACUGAGCAUCUUCAAUUGCCCAAAGUAUAUUAUUCAGUGCAACUUCUAUUGCACUAGACCAGGGGUUUUCAACCAGUGGUCUGCGGCCCACUUGUGGUCCGUGAGGACAUUGCUGGUGGUCCCUGACCAUGGAUUCAGUAAUGUAGUUGCAAUGAAGAAAUCAGUAUUUUUAUUCACUGGUGAUCCUGGGGUUACGUAAUUAGUCAAAAUGGUGGUCCCUGGUCGACAAUCAGUUGAAAAACCCAGACGAUGAUAUCCAUGCUGCUGAUUUCCUCAGAUUAACUUUUAUCUUUGGUAUGUGCAUACCAAAAACAAACAGAAGGCUGCAACUAAACUAACUGAAGCACUGGUCCAUGUUUCUUACUGGCUAAAAUGGUCAUAUCUACAUCUCAAUAUUAAUAAAACAGUCUGUAUGUUCUUCUCAAAAAAAUCCUCAAGCGCACAGCAGGCUGAUGUUUAUAUUGAAGGAGAAAAACUCAUGGUUGUGCCUGAUUUUAAAUACCUUGGUAUCAUUUUAGACUCUAAUUUAACUUAUAAAAAGCAUGUUAAAAAAGGUGGCUAAUACUCAGAUAUAGAUAUAGAUCAGAUAUAGUCUGGCUAACUUUAGACACAUAAGGCCAUAUCUAACAACAGAGGCAGCCAAACUUUUUAUGCACGCCAUGAUCUUUUUCCACAUAUCAUACUGACUCACAAGCUAAGCAAACAUGACAACUCUUAAACCAAUAGAAACCCUUUAUAAACAAACCUUAAAAACACUAGAUCAAAAGCCUAUCAGCUAUUUGACAGUUUUUUACAUUAUCUAGAUGCCUGCCUUGUUUUCAAAAUAUGACAUGGGCUUGCCCCUCCACCACUGGCUGAGUUCAUUCAACAGAAGAGCAGUAGUGGCAGUGCAACUAGGGCAGCCACCAGGGGCAACUAGGGCAGCCACCAGGGGAGACAAUAUAGAUGUAGUAAGUAUGGCAAAACAGUCUUCUCAGGACGGGCCUCAGAUUAUUGGAACUGUCUUCCUAUUGAACUCGGAGAAAGCACCAGCUAUCUACCAUUUAAAACCACACUCAAGAGAUGGAUUAAAAACAAUCAAAACUGCAAUCAUCAGUAUCUGGUUUACCUCAUCCUGGGCACUGCUCUUCUUUGUAUUGUACUUAUUUUUUUAUUUUAUUGUCCCUUUCUCUUUUCUCACUCCUUCCCUCUCUCUC